AUGGGAGUCAUCCGAGUCAUCUCCACCAGUACAAUUCAAGCACCGAGUCACAACAAUGGUGACUCAACUCAGAAAAUCAAUUUAACCCCAUGGGAUAUCCAGCUCCUCCCCGUUGACACCAUCCAAAAAGGGCUUCUUUUUCACAAUCCCAACAACACACCAGACACACAAAUCCAAAUCCAGAACCUCAAACACUCACUUUCCUCCACUCUUGCAUUCUUUCCACCCCUCACAGGCCGUCUCAUCAUUACAGAACACAAAUGUAACACUUGCUCCGCUUUCAUCGCGUGCAACAACGUUGGUGCACUUUUUGUUCAUGCUGUAGCAGAGAACACUAGUGUUGCUGACAUCCAAAAACCAAACUACGUUCCUCCCAUUGUCCACUCCUUCUUUCCACUCAACGGAAUGAAAAACUAUGAAGGAACAUCACAGCCGUUGCUAGCAGUGCAAGUCACUGAGCUAGUUGACGGCAUCUUCAUUGGCUGCACAAUCAACCACGUGGUUGCUGACGGCAAGUCGUUUUGGCUUUUCAUAAAUUCUUGGGCUGAAAUCUCACGUGGUUACCAAAAAAUAUCAAAAGUCCCUGAACUUGAACGUUGGUUUCUUGAUGGCAUUGACUGCCCCAUAAGAUUUCAUUUCACAAACAAGGAAGAGAAACAACACCCUGAAAACUUAAAACCACAUUCACCACCUGAGAGGGUCUUCCAUUUCACAAAGGAGAAAAUUUCGCAACUCAAAUCAAAAGCUAAUGCAGAGGCCAACACAGAUAGAAUAUCUUCUCUGCAAGCGCUUUUAACUCACCUUUGGCGCUCUGUGAUCCGUUGCCAACGUCAUGACCCACAAGAAGAGAUCCAUUAUCUCAUGAUGAUAGGGUUUAGACCCAGAACGGUUCCACCAUUGCCAGAGGAUUAUUUUGGAAACGCUGCUAUGUUUGGUGGUGUCACCAUGAAAGCAGGGGAACUGCUUGAGGGUGGACUCGGCAAGUGUGCUUGGGAGAUGAACAAGAUGAUAGCUACGUACACUGAUGAGAAGGUGAAGAGCCACUAUGAGUCUUGGGUUAGAACCCCAUGGUUUCUUUCGCAGAGUAGCGUGGCCGGUCGUAAUUCCUUGGCCACAAGCAGUUCCCCAAGGUUCAAUGUUUAUGGUAACGACUUUGGUUGGGGAAAACCUGUGGCAGUGAGAAGUGGCAGUGCAAAUAAGAGAAACGGAAAGAUUACUGUGUUUGCUGGGUCAGAAGAAGGUAGCAUCGACAUUGAAGUGUGCCUUCCUUAUGAGAUUUUGGAGGCCAUGGGAAAUGACCCUGACUUCAUGGAUGCCGUUUCCAGCUAA